GAAAAUAAUGUUUGGUUUUCACUACGAUGGGGGAUUUUCGCGCAACACUUUUGGCCAAUUUAAACAAAGUCGCUCGGCAUGAUGUGCGCCAACAGUAUACGAAGCACUCAGACGAUGAGAUUGAAGAUAUACUGUUCCAGAAGUAUCGGGCCGAGCUGGCACUAAACAGGAAGGAGCCGCUGCCGCACGAGCAGGACGAUCCCCGAAAAGAUGCGUCUUACCGCUACAUACCGAAGUUUCACUUCGACCUGCCGAAGGGUGCCGAUUCCUUGGCGCAAAAGUUGCGCGAAGAAGCACGGACGCUGUUUCUCCAGAAACGCAGCAAGGAGCUGCUCGACAACAGUGAGUUCAAAAUGCUGUGGAGUUUGCUGGAGAAGAACCAGUCGCCCCCGGCGAUGGACGACGAGCAGUACAUCAACUACGAGAGCUACUGCAAAGUGGCCACCAUAGCGGGGGACAAGUUCCAGCGCUUUCUGACGGCUACGACGUUCGCCAGGCUGCUCGCGUCCAGCAGCUACCCGGGAAAAGUGAGCGUGAUGUCGCUGUUCAACUACGCGAUGCGCAAGGUUUGGCUACAGCAAACGCGGAUCGGUUUGUCGCUGUACGAUUACACGGGCCAAGGGUACCUGAGCGAGUCCGAUAUGGAGUCGUACAUUCUCGAGCUGAUUCCCACUUUCCCGCAGCUGGAAGGGCUCGAAAAAUCGUUUCACAGUUUCUACGUGUGCACCACGGUGCGGAAAUUUUUCUUCUUUCUCGAUCCACUGCGCACCGGCCGCAUCCGUAUUCGAGACAUUCUGACGUGCAGCUUUCUCGACGACCUGCUGGAACUGCGCGACGAAGAGAUACCGAAGGAUGCGCAGGAAAUGAACUGGUUCUCGGCCCCGUCGGCACUCAGCGUGUACGGACACUAUCUGAACCUCGACAAGGACCACAACGGGAUGCUGAGCAAAAAGGAGCUGAUCGGGUACGGCACCGGAACGCUAACGCCCAUCUUCCUGGAUCGUGUUUUUGCCGAGUGUCUCACUUACGACGGCGAGAUGGACUACAAAACCUACCUCGACUUUGUGCUGGCGCUCGAAAACCGUUCCGAACCGCAGAGUCUGCACUAUCUGUUCCGCAUCCUCGACGUCGAGCACAAGGGCUACCUCACGGCGUUCACGCUGAACUACUUCUUCAAAGGCAUCCAGGACGAACUGUCGGCUCACCGAGCCGAGCCAAUCAACUUCGACGACGUAAAGGAUGAAAUCUUUGACAUGGUAAAACCGGCCGACCCGACUCGCAUCACACUGAAGGACAUGCUCAACUGUGGCCACGGCGAAACCGUCGUCUCGAUUCUGAUCGAGUUCCACAAGUUUUGGGCGUACGAAAACCGAGAAGUGAUGGUCACGUCGGCCGGUAGCGAGGAAGCGAACAGUUUAUGAUACAACGCGAACCCGCUAACCCGCACUGCCAACGGGUCCCACGGUCUGAUGGAGGAAGAUGAGUGUCGAACGGUAUUUUAAAAGCAAACGAACAUUCCAACACCGAACCGGCCUGCCGCUAACGGACGCGGCGUGUCUCGGGGAAGAAUCCCAGUAUCAGUA